AUGAUUGCUUUUGGUUCAGAAGCAAGUCAAGUGUCGAACAUAAAUGAUACAAAUCAAGCAGCAGCUAUAACAACAAUAAAUGCUUCACAAUUUAACAUCACACAAUCAUCAAUUAAUCCUGAUGAACAAAAUCAAGCAGCAGCUAUAACAACAACAAAUGCUUCACAAUUUAAUAUUACAGAAUCAUCAAUUAAUCCUGAUUAG